AUGUCGGAGUUCGGCGAUGUGGCCGAGAACGGGAGCCAAGAGAGGCUGCACCAGCCGAGCCUCUCCCGCAAAAUGCGCCGCAGCAUUACUAAGGUGAAGAAGAGCAUACAGCGGAUCACUGAUACUCACGACGACGAGGUGGAUGAGCUGUCCAGGCGCAUGCUGAGCCUGCCCAAAGAAAACCUCGACUCGCUCGCCUGUCGCACGGGCUUCAGUAGCGAGGAGGUUCGCCGGUUGUACCGCGCCUUCAAGCACCAGUGCCCGAACGGAGUGGCGACCGCGAAAGACUUGACACCGGCGUACGCGAAGCUGUUUCCACUCGGCGAUUCGAGGAAGUACGCGGAAAUCGUUUUCAACAGUUUCGACGAGGACAAAGACGGACUGGUCAGUUUCGGGGAUUUGCUCAAGGGCCUGGCGUCGAUUAUAAAAGGAAGCGCGGACCAAAAGCUCGCCUGGAUUUUUCGAUUGUACGAUUUGAACGGGGACGGGUGCAUCACGAGGCACGAGCUGAGGACGGGGAUCUCGGCCAUCUACGAGAUGGUCAAAAGCGCGCAGACGAUCGAGUGCGCGGUGGACAGGCACGUCAACAGGUUGUUCAACAAGAUGGAUCUGAAUCGCGACGGCGUCAUUUCGCGGGAUGAAUUUCUCAACAGCUGCAAAAACGACCAAAUGAUUUUCGACCAGCUGACGAUUUUCGACGACAUGAGCUUGUAUGUUUGAGAGCAAAAAAACUCACGUCUCUCAUCUCGAGCUGCUGUUCGGUACAAUCGCUGUACCUUUUCUUUCUUCAUUUUGUUACACGUACAGUCAUGAAAAAAAAACUUAGAAUACAAUACAUGUUUUAUGCGAGCUUACAUCGAAUGAUCAUCAAUGCGCGCUUACGCUGGUUGUUGCAUUAAUGAUUAUAAACCAUCGUUGGGCUUAAAUAUAAUAAUGAAGAAG